UGUUCUUUUUAGAUUGUGGGCAUUAUAUAUUCUUUUUCUUGCAACUCUCCUGACCAAGUGACAGGCAUGCUAGUUCACUUUAUACUACCAAAAAAAUCUGUGAUUUCUUUUUCUUUUCCGCUCAUUAUUUUUUCCUGGUGUCUGACACAAGAUUUUUAGUGAAUGGAUUUCUGGCAUGGAAAGCUGGGAGUGGGUUCUGAUCUCAGGAUUACCUUAAACAAGAGAGCCUCAUUUCAAAGUUGUUUUUCUGAUAACUAUCACUGAACACAAGCUUAGCUUUGGCAACUGGCUGCCUCUUGUUCUUAUGAUUUCUAGCUCAAUGGCAAUGAAAAAGAGAGAAAUUGCUUUUUGUUUUAUGGCUUUCUUAUGGUUUUGGGCUCCUACAAAUGGAUUACUUUCUCCCAAAGGUGUAAACUAUGAAGUGCAAGCAUUAAUGGCUAUUAAGGCAGCUCUACAUGAUCCUCAUGGUGUACUUGAUAAUUGGGAUGCGGAUGCUGUUGAUCCAUGUAGCUGGGCAAUGGUGACUUGCUCACCUGAAAGCCUGGUCAUUGGCCUGGGCACUCCAAGCCAGAAUUUAUCUGGUACUUUAUCUCCAAGCAUAGGAAACUUGACAAAUCUUCAGAUUGUGCUCUUGCAGAAUAACAACAUAACAGGACCAAUUCCUACAGAGCUGGGGAAGCUCUCAAAGAUUCAAACACUUGAUCUUUCUGAUAAUUCCUUCACUGGGGAAAUUCCGACCUCUUUAGGCAACCUAAGGAGCCUCCAAUACAUGAGGCUAAACAACAACAGUCUCUCUGGAGCAUGUCCUGUGUCCUUGGCCAACAUGACCCAGCUUACCUUCCUUGACUUGUCCUACAAUGAUCUAAGUGGACCAGUGCCCAGAUUUGCUGCUAAAACAUUCAGCAUAGUGGGGAAUCCUUUAAUCUGCGCAACAGGGUCUGAACCAGAAUGCCAUGGGAUGACACUGAUGCCAAUGUCCAUGAACUUGAACAGCUCGCAAGCUGCUCUGCCUUCUGGCAGAUCCAAAAGUCACAAAAUAGCCAUUGCGUUUGGCUCAAGCAUCGGAUGCGUGUCCCUGAUGGUUCUUAUACUAGGUCUCUUACUUUGGUGGAGACAAAGGCGGAAUGAACAGAUAUUCUUUGAUGUUAAAGACCGACAUCAUGAGGAAGUUUCCCUUGGAAACUUGAGGAGGUUCCAAUUCAGAGAACUUCAGAUUGCAACACAUAACUUCAGCAGCAAGAACAUACUAGGAAAGGGAGGUUUUGGGAAUGUGUACAAGGGAAUAUUGCAAGAUGGAACAAUUGUAGCUGUUAAGAGGCUUAAAGAUGGUAAUGCUGCAGGAGGAGAGAUACAGUUCCAGACUGAAGUUGAGAUGAUCAGCCUGGCAGUGCACCGGAACCUUCUACGGCUUUAUGGAUUUUGUAUAACACCCACAGAGAAACUUCUUGUUUACCCAUAUAUGUCUAAUGGCAGUGUUGCCUCUCGUCUCAAAGGAAAACCAGUCUUGGACUGGGGCACCAGAAAGAGAAUUGCCGUGGGAGCUGCCAGGGGAUUACUAUACCUUCAUGAGCAGUGCGAUCCAAAGAUAAUUCAUAGGGAUGUCAAAGCAGCAAAUAUACUGCUUGAUGAUUACUGUGAGGCUGUGGUGGGAGAUUUUGGAUUAGCAAAGCUUUUGGAUCACCAAGAUUCACAUGUCACAACAGCUGUGAGGGGUACCGUGGGUCAUAUAGCUCCCGAAUACCUCUCCACAGGUCAGUCUUCUGAAAAGACAGAUGUCUUUGGGUUUGGAAUUCUCCUCCUUGAAUUAAUCACAGGUCAAAGAGCGCUAGAAUUUGGCAAGGCUGCUAACCAGAAAGGAGCAAUGCUUGAUUGGGUAAGGAAAAUUCAUCAGGAGAAGAAGCUUGAAGGGCUUGUCGACAAGGAUCUUAAAAGCAACUAUGAUAGAAUUGAGCUAGAGGAGAUGGUUCAAGUGGCAUUGCUAUGCACACAAUACCUUCCUGGCCAUAGACCGAAAAUGUCUGAAGUGGUUAGAAUGCUUGAAGGUGACGGGCUGGCCGAAAGAUGGGAAGCUUCUCAAAGAGCUGAAGCAACCAAGUGCAAACCCCAUGAGUUUUCCUCAUCAGACCGAUAUUCUGAUCUCACUGAUGACUCUUCAUUACUCGUUCAAGCCAUGGAGCUGUCUGGCCCGAGGUGAACUCCUCAUAAAAUCUUUGUUUUUAAUCUUUCAAAAAGAGUUAGAAAAUUAUAGUUGAAGCAGCAUGCUAGAACUCCUACAGUUGCAUAAUAGUGGCAUAUCAUAACUCGAAAGGGCUUUCAAUUUUAUUUGAUUUUUUUAUAUUUUUUUCGCUUUUGCUUUCCUUUUUUACUCCAACUGUACAGAUUACGUACUACGAAGACAUUAUUGAAAUGGAAAUAUGUUGUAGUUGCUAUUCCUAUUAAGUGGAAAA